UGGGAACGAGGAUGGUAACGCUUGACUUACGUCUGUACGCAACAUCGCUAAAUAUCUCAAAGAAACGUUUGGCAAGUGUAUAUAACUGUUCAGUUGUCGAACCAAUUUACCAUAUAUCUUUGUGCUAUCUAUCAACGAACUGUUGACCACAGCCAUCGAUUAAAAGUAUAUCCAGGUAAGUUGUGCGAAAUAAUUCAAGAUGAAAUUUGAUAAGCGAAACGUUUGUCUUGGACCGUCUUUGUUAUUUAAUCAUUUGUGCUAUAGCAUCUGCAGCAAAGCCCAUAUAUCGAACGUGCUCAAAUUGGCAACAAUUUUUACAAAAUAUAUCAAGGAACAAAAUUUCAUCUAAUGCCUAUCCAAAUUAGUGUAGCAAACAAUGUAGGUAUAUUAGCAAAUUUUUUAAGUAUUAUUGACAAAUAGUGAUAUACUAUACAUGGGCAUAACGGAAAUUUUGUCUUCGCCAUCCUUAGGUUAUAUAUAUAUUCUGAAAUCACUGGCAAAGCAAUAUAUUAUGUACAGUAUAGACUGUAGUUAUUAUGGUUAUUUGCUAUAUCCAUUUCGGCAUUUCCAGCCGACAAUUUGAAAAUACAUAUAUGGAUCUUGAUAAUCCAAGAUGUGACCAUUCUACAAUUUUGUCUUCAUUUUCAUCGUUAUCUUCGGAUUUUGAAGAUGAGUAUUUUUCGGAAUAAGUUUUAUUCUAUAUUAUUCGUCAUAUAUAAAAGCACUUUACACUGUCAUUGAGCUUUCACUGGCAAGUCCAGUGGGGUUAUAGGAAUUCAUGACGAAAAUAUGUACUCAGUAUCGAGCGCUGUGAUGUAUUAAAGCAUUUAAAGGUAAAGCCAUUUACUGAUUUAGGUAUUUUUCUAAGAUCUACAGUAGAAACACGUGCCAUGCAUGUCGAACAGCCAAAGACCAAGUCAAGGGGACUGAUAAGCGGGUGAAAAUGAUUAAAAUAGCAUGGGUAGUUCGACAUAGCGAGAUCGUAUCAUCGUAUGCAUCAAUAUUAAACGAUACAAUUAAAAUCUCAUCUUAUACAAACAUAUUGGUAAAUGUCGUUAAAGGAUUAAUUUCAGCAAUCAGACCGACUUAAAAUUUAAAAGUAUUGUCUGUUGAGACAGACCAUGCGCUCGAUGGAUUAUCUGCAAGUCUGUAUGGGCAAAAACAUGCAAAGAAACAGCGUGAUGCUGAUGGCCAAUGCAAAUAAUCAGUUGACGGUGCCGGCCAGUUCGCUCAAAAUGUCGAAGUUUUGCCAAUCGUAAUUUCCAGCUGGUUGUAUCGUACUCAAUCCCCAGUUGUCCCCAUUUUAAUAUAGACAGAUACCAAGUUAACACGAUGCCUCUAAACUCUAUUUAAAUCGAAACCCUCUUUGCGGCUAAAAUUCUAAACUGUUUCGAAGCGAAUAUAAGCCGGAAAAAAAUGCUUGACGAUUGCGUCUCAGUUUAAUGAGGUAGCAAGAUCCGUGGACUAGCUUUUAUUAUUUAGCGUAUUCUAGAUUAGAAACCAGUUUUGAAUAGUGAAAGUUGAAAAUUUCCACUUCCCUUUAUCGAAGUACGUUUCAUUCGUUUUCGUAGAACUCAUGAUAUUAGACAGAUUUAGAUCGAGGACGCGGACGUCAAAGACGACGUGAAAAUGGCGUCAAAAUGGCGUGGCAUAUCCAUACAUGAACACAACACGCCAUUUUCACGUCGUCUUUGAUGUCCGCGUCCUCGAUCUAAAUCUGUCUAUUACAGCCUUCGCGGACGCCGAAUAGUCAAUAUAAGAGUCGCAGUAUUCUAAAAGGGUUUUAAUAACUUUGUACGAGGGCCGAGGUUUGAAUGUUUCAAAGUUGAGCGUCUAUAGUCAGCUCAAAGUGAUAUUACUUAUUCUACUGCAUUGUGAGAAGAACAAGGCGAAUUUUCGUACAAUCGAUCUCAUCACAAAACACGGCAAACUCCGCAACUGAGCCGCUAUUUUUCUCACAAUUGAACAAACCAUAAGCGUGUUGUAAACAUGACAAAAUCCACUUAAAAUGUGAAAUUCAUUAACAUGCAACAGCGUGUUUAUAUGAUUUGUAAUUCAAAUGAGAAUGCUGAUUUAAGAAUGUGGCAUGUGCGAUUAAUUGUUAAUAUGACUAUAUAACAAGCAAACAUGAAUAUAUUUGCUUACAAAAUUUUACCUUAGCCCUUAUAGAUUUGUUUCAUACGUCGUACGUACUAUCGUCGAAUUUAAUAAUUAAUAUUAUUUAUUUAAAAAAUUCCUGGUUUCUGAUUGGCUAACAGCCAACUGUGAAAUUGUCAUAUCAACUCAAUGGCUAACCAAAUAUGGAUUUUUCACAUUCAUAUUAGCAAAAUGACGUCAAAGAGUAAAUAUGAAAAAAUUUGGACGCGUUUGCGCCAUAUUACUAUGACGGCGAAAAUAUAAUUGCUUAUAUUGUUGUAUUUGAGCCAAAGUAUACGUUACUACACUUAAUUUGCCUCUUUAAGUAUUCCUGUUUCUUUCAAACGUACCCUUAAGUAAAAAUAGUCCGCGAAUUCAAAUAAAACUCUCAAAUAACAUCGAACGAAUUAACUGUUGCCGUAGUCAAGCACCGUGAAAAUGAUGCAAAUCACGUACUAGUUCAACAACUACGGCAUUGUACAACGCUUAAGACCACGUAAUUUACAUUCGCCUUUGUCUUUGAGGAUUAAUGCUAUUGUUGAUGACCAUAUUGGCGUUGCCGUUGCCCUUGUAUUUGCCGCCAAACUCUCUGAUACGACGAUGACGACGGCUGUCGAAGGACUAAGGAAUUGUUUUUUUCUUAAUACGAAUAAAAUACAAAUGUUUUGAAUUUUUUAAAUAAAUAAUAAAUAAACAUACAUUAUUAUUAUUUAACAAUUAUUGGAUUCGUUUUCGCACAAUAUGAAGAAUUAUCAAGCCCUCAGUUUGCCGUUAUCAACCUCAGCCUUCGGCUUCGGUUGAUAACGGCAAACUUUGGACUUGAUAAUUCUUCAUAUCGUGCUCAUCCUCAUUCAAUAAUUGUUAAAUAAUAAUAAUAAAUGUUUAUUUCAAGAGGGUGCAUGAGAUUAAUAUUUACUUACAUUAUUAUUAUACUCUCAACAAGGUCAAGAAAUUUCAUAUUAAAUAAAUAUUAAAUUAGAAUUAAUUCGUAUAGCAACGUCAACGACAUUUUGCAAGGUGGUGCCCUGCAAGUGUCUAUACAUUUACGGUUUAAUUUAAAAUAAAAAAUUCCUUUGGUUUCGUUUUAAACAAACCGAGCGCUGUUCGAUAUCGAUAUUCUUCAACUCAUCGGGUAAGAGUUGAUAUGAUGAGGCAGAUUUUAUUUAACUCUUCUAAGGUCGCAAUAACGUGAAAAUUUAAGUUUAACAUUGUUUUCAGAAUGACAGCGUUGUUGAGGACACCCCUGCAUGGGACCACAAAUUAUUCAAACUUUUUGUUUUGCAUGAAAAAUUUCUUUGUUUCGAAGGCGCGUCUUUCAGUUCGCGUCGUGUUUUCUAAGGGCCUGUUCAUAUGGGCAAAAGUUAUCCCGUUUAACGAGAAACUACUUUUCGACUAGCCAAAUACUUUUGUUCUGUUCAUAUGGAGAAACGUUAAGGUCCAUUCCACCCAAGAAAAAUUUCCACGGACAGAGAAUUUUCCGAAAAUAUCAUUGUUAAAAGUUGAAAAUUUUCAACUUCAAAAUUUUUUCCGACGGAAAAUUUGUGUCGGCCAUUCACAUUUCACAAAAUUGUCUGUCUGUCAACAAGCAAGAUCUCGGUACACGGGGAAACUUUUUGUCUCAUAUGAACGCAGUGUGACUUUUCAUAGUAUUUUCAUACCAAGGCGAGAUCUCGCUUGUAAACUUACCUUGUCGAAACGUUUCUCGCUAACCGGGAUAACUUUUGCCCAUAUGAACAGGCCCUAAAUCACUCAAGGUAAACGGCUUUAUAAUUAUUAAGGUAGCAUGCGCUUCAACAUGUAGUACACGGCAGUCUCAGGGUUAAUGAAUAUACACUGUAGUUUUUCUAGGCAGCGCGUUUCUGUCAGUGAAAUGGUAUAAAUUCCACAAUAAUGUCAGCAGCCGGAAUACUCUAUUACAUUUUCUCUUGCUUCCCUUUCUUUACAGAUCAAUAAAAAAUGGCUGACGCACCACCACCACCAUACCCAGGGGCAGAUCAAGGUCCGAGCUAUCCUCCUGGUGACACAACCAAACAACCAAUACCUCCAGAUGGUUCAGGGGCACCAGGGUAUCCUCCACAACCCACACCUGGUUAUCCACCCCAAGCUGGUCCAGCCAAUCCGCCACAAGCCCAGGUUGCAUACCCAGCGCCGACUGGAUAUCCACCACAACACACUGCCGGGUAUCCCCCUCAGCCCACUACCGGUUAUCCCCCUCAGCCCACUGCCGGGUAUCCCCCUCAGCCCACUGCCGGGUAUCCCCCGCAGUCUGCUACUGGUUAUUCCAUACAACAAGGUCAUCCUGGUUAUCCACAGCAAGGGUAUAACCAAGGGUAUGCCCCUGCUGCAACAGGCUAUCACCCACCUGGACAAGGGCAUAUACAACAACCUACGGGGCAUACCUCCACCAACACCAAUACAACUGUUGUUGUAACUGUAAGUUAUAUUUCAGAACCAUCAUUAGGCAACCUGAUAUAAUAGACAUGCUCAGAUUUUGACUUUCACUGGCCUGAGUAUCAGGCCAUAUUAUGCUUCCUCAAAUGCGCUGGAUGUAAGGGAAAAACGACUUUUAAACCACAAAACGUUUGCCUAAAACUGUCGCAUGCAACCUGCUUACAACUUGAGUUGUACUGUGUAAAUCAAUCACAAAACUCGACCACGUUAAAAUCGGCCUAUAGACGUCACGCCUCAUCUUUACCACAGUAAAUCUGACUAUAUGUUGUAUCAUAAAAACAAGCUAUACCAACCUUCUUGCAUCAUGACCACAGCCUGGGUGCCAGCUUGAAAAUACGUUUCACGUUGGUGAUUUCUGAACUAAAACGAGUUCUUCUCGUCUCUUGCUGUUGCUCCGCAUUCAUUGACAUUGUCCUUACAAAAUUAAAUUUAUUCUUUUGUAUUCAUUUAUCCGAAUUCAUUCUUAUCAAUUCCAGAGUAAUUCGGACAUUUCUACCGUCCCCAUGAACUUGCUUUUUGGAUUUUCAAUACCUUAAACGUAAUAGCGAUUACCGUUAAUAUACUGUACGGCCAGGGACUUGGCUAGGAUUUUAGAAUUUGGGAGUGUUUCUAAAUUCCUAAGGUGUGUAUCUGAAGUACCCAGAAUAGCAUAAAAGUACAGUUCCAGGGGGAGAGCGGAGGAUUUGGGGAGAAUCACUUACGCCUGUAUUCUAAAAGCUCACUCACACUCACACUCAAUAAGUGGAGGUUUAAUCUGAGCUUCUCUUGAGUGUCAUUGCUGUUUUUUAAUAGCUGGAAGGUGAGUAGUCACAUGCUAAGGUAUGACACUAGUCCUCCAGCUAUUCAAAAACAGCAAUGACACUCGAGAGAAGCUCAGAUUGAACUCCCACUCAUUGAGUGUGAGUUUGAGUGAGCUUUUAGAAUACGGGCGUUAGUUUUGUAAUAUAUUAAGCUGUGUUCAAAAUUAUAUACCGUCUUAACUUUUCAGUAUUAGAUUGCAUUAACUCGGUGAAUCCCUAUUCAUUGAUAUUGCAUGUUUAUUUCAGCAACAACCUACAAUUGCAACUGCAGUAGUGAUUCCCUACGUGAACGAUUACAUGGGAUUGUCAAUAUUUUCUUGCCUUUGCUGCUGUUGGUGUAUUGGACUGUUUGCCAUCAUUAAAUCUUCCGAGGUAAAUAAUUUAUUUUGUUAUUAGCAUAAUUUAGCAUAUUAAAAAAAUCGGAAAUGGGAAUGGGAUUUCUCUUCUUGAGUUGACUCCGACUCUAUUAUUCAAUACAACUUGUUUAAAGUCCUUUAAUGAUUCUAUUUUAUAAAUAAAAAUAAUUAAAUUCUAAAGUAGUAGACCUUAGAAAAACAUACCAUAAUAACGAAAACACAUUUUCACUCGCCGUGUACAAGCCUAGCCACCACGUUUUCAUGUUUCCACUGUGAAUGGGAUUUCAAAUUUCGUUACUGGGAUUUGGACAGAUUAAAACUGGGAGGUAGAAUUUGGUACGCAAUACAAAAGUAUACAAAAUUUGCAAACUUUGCAAGGCUAUAUUUUUCGCAUUUUACAACAUUUCGCAACCAAACUUUGCAAUGUUACUCAUUUUAGUAUGCUCUUUCUAGCUGUGGUGAUUUAUUAGCAUCUCCUUUCCUAGUUUUAAAAUUAGUCCAUAAUGAGAAUGGGCUAUUGUCAAAACCUGGAACACCGUAUGCAAAGAAGUUUCACCUGACAUUUUCACUAGUCCAUAUUCUUUUAAAGUGUAUCGUUAAACGUAUAGAUACUCUAUGUUAGUUAGUUCUGCUUGUGCAUGACAUUGACAUGGCCUGCACGUGGUAUAAUUGAAUAUUUGAAUCGUGACUGUCUAUGCCAUAGGACUUAGCUAGCCAUCAGUAAUUGUUGAGCACACUUCUUUGCGUUUGUGUCUUAUAUGUGCACUGUAAAUUUCAGGGAGUUGGAUCGGCUCCGAAGGUGCUAUUCUGUAACUGCUUAUGUACUGUAUUUUGUCAUGUUUCGCUCGCUACGCUGGUUUAAAUAAAUGAUUACAAAGCCCAGUCGAAUUGUAAUCAAGACCCAACGUUUCGACACUCCAGUCUAGUGUCUUCGUCAGGGGGGAUCUAAAGUUGCAAUCGUGGCUUCUUAAAUACCCGAGGGAUGACGUCACCUGCCAAUGAGAUGCAUGUAUUCCUCUGGCAAAUAGACACCGUCAUCCCUAUUCAAAGCAUGAUUACUCAUAUUUAUAUGCCACGCUUCUAGGCAUAGUCUUUGACCAUGGUGAUUGUUUGUGGCACUUUAGGAGGUGAUUCGGCGGCACCUUGACGUUUGCAGUGUGUACAAUAUAGGCCUAUAUAUGUAUUAAUAUAUGUCGUGACCAUAACUCAAAUCUAGGGAUUUGAGUUACCUGGAUUCAGGUCCGAAUCACGUGAACCUGUCCAUUCAGGCCCUAACCACCGAACGUCUGCACCUUAUCACACCGAACUACAGAAGUGUUCGGUGGAAAUUAAACCGAAAGUCAAUUGUCGUGACAUGAUCAAUAAAUAAAUUGGCUUCUUCUCUAAGCAGAUUACUAUUGCAGUUGGCUAUGAGUUAGCUAAUGACCUGGGAGUCUGCUUGGCACUCUCUAUAUCCGAUACCCUGAGGGCAUAGGUCGUACCCAGACUGCGCGCGGUUCCUAUGAUAUUAACCUUGGUUACUAUGUAACAUCAUUAAAUUAGUAAAUUUAGGAACUAGGGCCCAUUUAGUGCCUUUGUCCUACUCCUUUAGUUAUAUUGAAAGUAAUUACGGGGAACGCCUUGCAUGGAACAUCUUGUCCCGUUUGUGCUAUUCCGUUUGCGUUUAUCUACCAAUUGUGUUGUCUUUCUGUCAGUUUGGUUUUCGUAACAUAUGUGUUGUACCAUAUAUUUAUUGUUUAAUCAUAUAGUAGAAUACCCAAUAAAUGUUAUAAAUUAUUAAAACUCGAAAAUAAAUAGAGUUUUCACCUUUCUCCAGGCAAGAAGCAACUACGAGAGAGGCAAUUACACACAAGCUCUGGCCUCGGCAACAUCAGCACGAAAUCUUUCGUAUAUUUCAAUAUUUUGUGGGAUUGGCAUAUUCAUCCUGAUCAUCAUCAUAGCAUCAGUAUAGAUGAGCGACCCCCCAAAGACUUAAACAUGUAAUGUAAUUUGUGUUUGCUAGUCCUAGAUUCUGGAACAAAGUUCAAAUUUGCCAUGUAGCUAUAUUUAUAGGUACAGUACAGGUAUAGGUCAUUGCAUAGAAUUUCCAAUAUAAGAGCGAUCAGUGGGCCCCCAACCCCAAUGGGCCAAAAGGAGGACCCCAGGCUCAGGCUGUAGAGCAAAAUGUGUAUUUUUCUUCUCGUCGGUCACAUGUGUAUUGUUCUUCUCGUCCAACAAACCCACAGCAAUGUGUUGGUUUAAUUACCCAGUCAUGGUAUUACACAAUGGUUUGAAAUGGUUUAACACAGCUAUUGGUUGUUCAGGCAAAAAUACAAUAAACAUGUGACAGACAUGAUUCAUUUUUUUUACUUUAUGGUUUAAUUAGAUAGAGUUGGACUACAAUAUUAGUCAACGUUAACUGCAGGCUUUAUCAACGCAUAGUGGUAUAGAUGAUACUGUAAAACACUGGUUAAAUUAUAUUCUAAUGCAACUGUUUAAGCAGUAGGUAGGCUAUUUAAAAUGUUUCUGCGUAUAAUGCAUAAUAAUUACGACCCUAAUUAGCAGCAUGUCACGACCCUAUCAGCUUUAGCUGUAUUUUUUUCAAUCGUGAUUAAAUAGACUUUUAUUAGAUGUUUCAAUUAAAAAUAACGAGUUUUUGGUAAAACGGUUUGUGCG